AUCAACACAACACGUGAAGUAGAUACAGAAGUUUGAUGUUUAUGUGAAAAGUGACCAAGCAACAAAAGAGAGGAAGAACGAAAACAGAUACAUUCAACACUUGAAGCUAAAAUCUUAAUUGAAAAGAGGCUGCUAAAACUGGGGUGACGAUGAACUGCAAGGGCGCAUAUAAAUCCAAAAUAUCUCGGAAGCUCAGGAAAUACUCAAAUAUUCUGAAAGAGGCUCAUAAUGUUGAAAUAUCCGAAACGGAUACAGAGUUUCUGGCAAUUUGUAAUGCUGGUCUCACGACUGGAUUAUCAAGGGAAAUAAUUAUGGAAGCACUCGAUGAAACGCACGUCGCAGCCCUAAAAGAUAUUCACUUUGUGGAAAACACCUCAGUGACUUUUCUCACCUGCGUUAACGCUGGUUUUGCAAUGUCUGUGUUGAAGGCUUUAAACGAGGACAUGCACUGUGACUUCUUUGUUGUGUUUGUUAAAAACAUUCCAGAAUUUGCAUUGCACUCGGAAGCCUCCCUACCUGCCGGUCUGAUUUUGUUGGAAAAUUUUGUUUCUCCAGAGGAAGAAAUCGCUUUACUAAAAUCAGUUGACUGGACUUCAGCAACACCUGAGCAGGGUCAGUCAUUAAAGCACAGGCAAGUGCGGCAUUUUGGCUACCAGUUUGAGUAUGGAUCCAACAAUGUGAAUCCAGAGAAACCCCUUGAUGCUAAAAUCCCUUCAGUGUGUUCUCCUGUGUUUGAUCGGGUGGUUCAGCGAGAAAUAACUGCCUGGGUUCCAGACCAACUCACUGUCAACCAAUAUGAACCAGGGCAAGGUAUUCCACCUCACAUCGACACCCACAGCGCCUUUGAGGACCCAAUUCUUUCUCUUAGUCUCGAAUCAGAUGUGGUGAUGGAGUUCAGAAAGAGUGGUGUUGUAGUACCUGUACUUUUGCCUAGGAGAUCUCUACUUGUCAUGUCUGGUGAAUCACGAUAUGCGUGGACACAUGGAAUCAACCCUCGCAAGUCAGAUGUGGUCAAUUGCCCAGAUGGAAAGCUCAGUUUGGUUCAGAGAAAGAGGCGAACAUCAUUCACCUUUAGACGUCUCUUAAGAAGAGCUUGCACUUGCACUUUUUCUCAGUUCUGCGAUUCCCAAAAAGAAAAUGAUGUGCUAUCUAGAGAAAACAUAAGUAAUAACUGUAACGAAACAGCGUCAAAAUUGGAGAAUUUACACGUCCACCAGGUUUAUGAAGAAAUUGCGGGCCACUUCAGCGAAACUCGUCACAAACCCUGGCCAAAUGUGUUGUCGUUUGUGAACAAGCAAGUUCCAGGCUCGGUCAUUCUGGAUGUAGGUUGCGGCAAUGGGAAAUACCUAGGUCUCAACAAACAAAGUUUCCAGGUUGGAUGUGAUAUGAGCCAACAUUUGUUGAAAAUCUGCCGGGAGAGAGAAUUUGAGACCUUCCUCAGCAACUGCCUCGCAUUACCGUUCAAGGACAACAGCGUGGAUUGCUGCAUUUCAAUUGCCGUAAUCCAUCAUCUCUCCACUGAGGAUCGCCGCUUGAAAGCGAUUUCGGAGAUGGUGAGGGUGUUGGCGCCUGGAGGAGAGGCACUAAUUUAUGUUUGGGCAAAAAAUCAAGAGAGGGACCAGCAGAAGUCGAGCUAUUUGAAGCAGUGCAACAACAAGCCGUCAGAGGAGAAGCCUGCGCCAAUCAGCCCCUUCUCCCUCCCUGUUCACACAAACAGAACCCAAUUCUGUCACUCAGAUCUUCUUGUGCCGUGGAAGCUGAAGCAAAAAGGUUUAAAAAACUCUGGGUUGGAUAGUAGAGAGAGCGAGGAAGUAUAUUUCCGCUACUAUCACAUGUUCGAGGAGGGUGAGCUGGAGCUGCUUUGCAACAGACUAAAUAACGCAUCUGUGGAGCGGAGCUACUACGAUCAGGGCAACUGGUGCGUCGUGUUGAAAAAGGUGUUGUGACUUUAAAGAAAAUACAAUGACGUCAAUAUUUUGAGAAAA